UUUUUUUAUUCAUCAAAGCUUCAGGGAUGGAGUGGAGUAAACCAACACCAGAGUUGAGAUCAGUGUCAUGUUAUUGCACAAAGGUUAGAUAGGUGUGGCCAACAGAGAACAACAAUCCUACAGGAAAAUAAAUUCCUCUCUGUCUUAGCUGAAAAUUCAGACCAGGAGAUUGCAAGCAGCUGAAAACAUGGAGACUUUGAAGGAUUUUGGUUUCUUUCUUUUCUCCAGUCCCACCACUCUACUUGGAGUAGGUCUCCUUUUCAUAAUCCUUUAUUUGGUGACUGUUGGUUCCUCCAGAGAAACUGGUCAAGAACCUCCAGGACCAAAGCCUCUGCCUCUGCUUGGCAGCCUGCUGCAGCUUGAUCUCCAGAGACCCUACAAAACACUGUGUGAGCUCUACAAUACAUUUCCCCGGCUGGUCAGAUGGAUAAAAAACCGUCAGGUGAUUUUAAAAAACACUGAAAAGACGAUCAGAGAUGUGGAGGAUUUAACACAGAAACUGAAGGAGACACUCAACCCUCAGAUUUGCAGAGGACUGGUGGAUUGUUUUCUGAUUCGAAAGCAGAAAGACGAGGACUCUUGUGUCAAGGACAUUCAGUUCACUGAGGAGAAUCUGAUAUUUACAGUGAUGAACUUGUUUUCUGCUGGAACCGACACCACAGCUGCAACACUGAGGUGGGGUUUGCUGCUCAUGGCAAAGUAUCCACAAAUUCAGGACCAGGUUCAGGAGGAGCUGACCAGGGUGGCUGGAAGUCAUGAGGUUCAUGUGGAAGACCGUAAAAAUCUGCCAUACACUGAUGCUGUCAUCCAUGAGAUACAGCGGCUUGGUAACAUCGUUCCUAUGGCUGUCCCACACAAAACCAGUCAAGAUGUUACCAUACAGAAAUACUUCAUUAAAGCGGGAACUACUGUGAUUCCCCUCCUUACAUCUGUUCCGUAUGAUGAAAGUGAAUGGGAGAGCCCUCACACCUUCAACCCUUCUCACUUUUUGGACAAGGAGGGAAGAUUUAUUAAGAGAGAUGCCUUUCUACCAUUUUCUGCAGGUCGCAGGGCGUGUAUAGGAGAGAGUCUGGCAAGGAUGGAGGUUUUCCUCUUCUUCACCUCACUCCUUCAGCGUUUUCGUUUCAUUCCUCCACCUGGAGUUUCUGAAAAUGAUCUGGAUCUGACUCCAGCGGUGGGAUUCACCAUCCCUCCUUCUCCUCAUGAGCUCUGUGCCAUCAGUCGGCAGUGAAGAAUGAAGGAAAAUAUUAAGGUUUUUCCAGUCAUAAUAAAUAAUUAAAAAUAAUUAAAUAUUAAUUAAUAAUAAUUUAAAA